CGUAAUCGGUGAGCCGGGCUCAGUUCGAAUCGGCAUGUCUGAUCGGAAAGUGCGUUCCCGGCUGCCGCAGCUGCUGCUGCUAAUCUGCCUUGGUCUUCUCCCGGCGGAGGUUAUCUCGAAUUUCAUACCGAAUCCCUGCCAGAAUGGUCAGGUUUAUGCCAAUGGCGGCUGCAGUCCCAUUAUUGUGAAUGUGUUUAAUGGGUGCGGUGGUCAAACGGGGAUUGCAUGCAACACUGCAAAUCCUGUUGUGGACCCCAGUACUCCAGGUUGCCCAAAUGCACCUCUACAACCUAUAGUGGAUCCGGCUACUCCGGGUUGUCCCAACACUCCUUUGAAGCCUAUUGUGUAUCCAGCUGCUCCUGAAAAACCUAAAGUGGACCCAGCAAAUCCAGCUUGUCCCAACGCUCCUUUACCUCCUACAGUGGAUCCAGUUACCACCGAAAAACCUAAAGAGGAUCCGGCUAACCCAGCUUGUCCCAACGCUCCUCUAAAACCUGUAGUUGACCCGGCAACUCCUGCGUGUCCCAAUGCUCCUUUAAAGCCCAUAGUGGAUCCGGUGACUCCUGGUUGUCCCAAUACUCCAUUAAAUCCCAGUGUGGUUCCUCCUUCCUGUCCUAACAAUUGUCCAUCAUCUUGUCCCAAUUCCUGCAAUAAUAAUUGCUCCUCCAACUGCCCUAAUAACAGUUCCAACCCCGGUGCUCCGUGUCCGACUCUUCCACCCUCAAAUUCCACUCCCCAACCAGACCCUGCUCCUCAACCAACUCCCGCGCCCCAACCAGCUCCUCCUCUACAUAGUACACCCCGUCCUGGCCCAGUACCAGACCCUAUUCUCCCACCGGCUCCCAUAAUCCGCUGCCCGGAAGGAACAAUCCUGGUAAGGGGCGUCUGUCGUCUUAUUUUCUGCGGAAGAUAUGAAGUAUACAAUGAAGGACGCUGCACUCAGGCCCGCUGUCCUGCGGGAUAUGUUUGGACCGGCAUCCGAUGCUCGAAACCCAAGCCCGUGGAAAUCGGCAACAUCCACAUAGAAAACUACGUCCACCAGGCGGCUGGAAAUCUGCCCCACUUGGUCACCAACAAUGUGAACAAUGUGGAGGUCAACGCCUCCAUUGCAAUCGAAGGCCAAGCCUCUGAGGAGGAGGAGGACGAGGUGGAGGAUGUGGUGGUUCCGAAUCCGCCUUCAGGUCCCUGCUGCAAUGUGUUUGCUCCUAGGAUAUGCAGCACCCAGGUGGAUCAGGUGGCAUACAAGUGCUUCAGCCGGAGCCAGCAGCAGUGUGGUGCCUUCUGCAGUGCCAACAAGGUGGUGCUCGCACCGCAAAACGUAACCACCUGGACGCAGGCCAACAACCAGAUGGUGGUCAUCCCCCCCAACUGGGCGGGUCAGGGCUGCCAGUCCAACGGAGGGAUCUGCCAACAGGCCCAGAACUUUUACGACUGCAGCGGCUGUGCCCUGGGUGACUUUUCCACCUGCUCCUCGUACUGCUACUCCUACAAGUGCAGCACCCACAACUGCGCCUUCUAUGACCAGACCCAGUACUGCUCCCUAUAUCCUGGCCAAAUCGGCUGCCGAGCGGUUGACGGAUGGUUCCCAGUGUCGUAAGGAAGAGCUAUAUCAAACCCUAAAACCACUAAUGGCCAAACAAUCUUGUUUACAAUGUCAUUGCUUCGUUUUUGAGUAAAAUAUAAAGUUAUAUGUUUAAAAUUCA